AAAAUGUUAAAAGGAAAUCUUUCUGAAGUGACUGAGUUCAUCCUCUCUGGGUUAACAAACAAACCAGAGCUGCAGCUGCCCCUCUUCCUCCUCUUUCUAGCAAUCUAUGUGGUCACAGUGGCUGGGAAUCUGGGCAUGAUCACUCUGAUACUAUUCAGUUCUCAACUGCACACACCCAUGUACGUUUUUCUCAGCAGCCUAUCCUUCAUUGAUCUCUGCCAGUCCACUGUCAUUAUUCCCAAAAUGUUGGUGAACUUUGUGACAGUGAAGAACAUCAUCUCGUAUCCUGAAUGCAUGACUCAGCUCUACUUUUUUGUUACUUUUGCUAUUGCAGAGUGUCACAUGUUAGCUGUAAUGGCAUAUGACCGCUAUGUUGCCGUCGGUAACCCCUUGCUUUACAAUAUUGUGAUGUCCUAUCGAGUCUGUUCCUGGAUGAUAUUUGGAGUAUAUAUUAUGGCUUUUAUUGGUGCCACAUCUCACACAGUCUGCAUGUUAAGAGUGCAUUUCUGUAAGACUGAUGUAAUAAAUCAUUACUUUUGUGAUAUUUAUCCACUACUGGAACUCUCUUGUUCUGAUACUUUUAUUAAUGAAGUAGUGCUUUUAUGUUUCAGUGUUUUUAACUUCUUGAUUCCAACUCUGACAAUUCUAAGCUCUUACAUCUUCAUCAUAGCCAGCAUCCUCCGGAUUAAAUCCACUGAAGGCAGGUCCAAAGCCUUCAGCACCUGCAGCUCACACAUCUCUGCUGUUGCUAUCUUCUUUGGGUCUACUGCAUUCAUGUACUUGCAGCCAUCUUCGGUCAACUCUAUGGACCAAGGGAAAGUGUCUUCUGUAUUUUAUAGCAUUGUUGUGCCCAUGCUGAACCCUUUGAUCUACAGCCUGAGAAAUAAGGAUGUCAAAGUUGCUCUAAAUAAGUUCUUUGAAAGAAAGUUUUUCUUGUGA